AUUUUGCAUAUCAUUCAUCUUUGGAUUCAUGACUUGCCCCUGGAGUACAUCACUCAUGAGACAGGAGUCUCCUCCAGGACAGUCGUGGAUUGGGUCUCCUUCUAUAGAGAGGUAUACAUUGAGGAAUGCAUUUGGAAUGGGGAGUGGAUCGGUGGAGAGGGGAAAAUCGUGGAGUUGGACGAAAAUUAGUUCGGCCGCAGGAAAUACCACCGAGGCCACCACGUCGAGGGUCAAUGGGUUUUUGGCGGCGUGGAGCGAGGAACUGGAAGGUGUUUCCUCGUUCCCGGUCCGAAACAAACACCUGACGGUGAACCACAAACUAGAGAUCGUCAAUCAGAGCACUUAUCCACCAACCCAUAAGAACACCAUUGAAGGUAUGUGGCGGCACGCCAAGUUAAAACAAGGGAAAUUUGACUUCUGCAAGCGCUUCAUGGAUGAUGCUUUUGUCCUCUUCAAGGAUGGCAGAAGGCAUCCCAGUUUGGAUGUGGUAGAUGACGAGAAGUGGAUGCUACAAUACCUCGGUGUCCUUACUGACAGUGAAAACCCCGAGGAAGACACCGAGGAUGACAGCAGCUCCACUGAUCUCUGAUUCAGCCAUUUCCAUUCAUCCAUGGGAUGUUUAAGUGGAAU